AUUGAGAGUAAUGCAAUCCUACUAAUUAAAUUUGGUUCCAAUGAUACUAGGCUGUUCUUUUAUGAUGUGUAAUACUUAUAACUUAAUUUGAUUAUUUUUAAAGAAGAGAUUAUAAUUCUGUUUUUUUUUUCGAAAACACAAUAUCGAUCCACCAACCAGUGUAAGGUUACUGUAAAGAGAAACUUGUCGAAGAUUGGGUCGGCAUAGCCAUAGUGAUGCCCGGAUGCUAGAUUGGAAUAAUUUUGUUUAGUAUUGUUUUUGGAUUAUACUUGUGAAAAAUGGACGAAAUCAUGAGAUAGGAUUAUUUUUCUUAGGAACAACCCCUAUUCUGGUUCCUAAUAAUGGCGACUUCGCCAACAGGGGUGCACAAUGACCAACGUACUGGUCACAGCCGAGACAUUGGAGGAGGAGGAGGGGGGCUACAGCCUAGUGGACCUCACAGCUCAUCUUCUGGUGCGGGCGCUUCAGGAGGUGGAGGCCGAAGCGGGGAGGACCCAGGCGGCGGGGGCAGUGGCUACAAGGCCAUCACCGCUCAAAACACCGCAGCCCUCGCGACUGCAGUCGGCGGCCUCUCACUGACCACAACAGACUCCGGGAGAGCCCUCAGCACCGGCUGGAGCACUGCAUUAGCGGCUGCCCAGGGAGCUGCUACGGUCAGAAAACGUGCCAACAUGAGGAAGCAACCCAACCAGAACGUGCGCCCAGCGCGGGCCCUGUUCUGUAUGACGUUGAAGAACCCAGUGCGAAAGUUUUGUAUACAGGUGGCAGAGUACAAAUAUCCUUUGACCAACUCUCUGGGUUGGCCUUAUUUAAAUCUCAGCACUUAUAUGUUAACCAUUAACCUAAAGAUGACAGAAAAAUCCCUUCCUAGAUCGUAUUCGGAAUCCUAG